AUGCAGCGUAGCGUACUCCGCGUGACGAAUCUCCAGUUGUUGCAGAGACGUUUUUUCAAAAAGUAUCACGUGAGGGUUAGAUUUGCGCCUAGUCCUACUGGCCAUUUGCAUUUAGGAGGUUUGCGCACUGCAUUGUAUAAUUAUUUAUUCGCUCGUAGCAACAAUGGUACAUUUAUUUUGAGAAUUGAGGACACAGAUCAAGCAAGAACGGUUCCCGGAGCGAUAGAGAAACUCCAGGAUGAUUUGUUAUGGGCGGGGAUUAUACCUGAUGAAGAUCCUACCAGAAGUGGCCCUGUCGGUCCUUAUGUGCAGUCGUUAAGGCUUGAAUUAUAUAAGGAACAAGUACUUAAACUCUUGAAUAAUGGAUCUGCCUACUAUUGUUUUUGUACUGAAAAAAGACUGCAUUUGUUGAGGAAGGAAGCGAUGAGAUGUGGACAAAUACCCAAAUAUGAUAACAGAUGUCGGCAUUUUAAUAAGGAUGAAGUAAAGGAAAUGCUCAAGAAAAACUUACCUUAUUGUAUUAGAUUUAAGUUACUGUCCACACCAGAAGUCUUUCAUGAUAUAGUUUAUGGAGAUGUAUUGCAUGAUAUUUCUAAAUCUGAAGGAGAUCCAGUUAUUAUUAAAUCAGAUGGAUAUCCCACUUAUCAUUUUGCAAAUGUGGUUGAUGAUCAUUUUAUGGAAAUAUCUCACGUCUUACGUGGUGUUGAAUGGCAAGUUUCCACACCUAAACAUAUUAUGCUUUAUAAAGCGUUUGGUUGGGAUCCUCCCAUAUAUGGACACUUACCUUUAAUAUUGAAUGCAGAUGGAUCCAAGUUGUCAAAAAGACAGGAUGACAUAAAAGUUGAAUCUUUUAGAAAACAAGGUAUUUUUCCAUUGGCGUUAUUGAAUUAUGUGAUAGGGGCUGGUGGUGGGUUUCACAAAGAACAGGAGAAUCAAGCUCUUUACAGUUAUCAGGAAUUAAUUAAACAGUUUAAUAUUGAUAAAAUAAAAUCAAGUUCUGGCAGACUUAUGCCCGGAAAACUGAUGGAAUUCAAUAAAUUAGAAAUGGCGAAUUUAUUACAAAAUGAAAAAAUCAUAAAUUUUUAUUGAAAGAGUUAAAAAUUAGUAUUAGAAGCAUUUCCUGAAAGAAAAAAUGGACAUUUACAAUUGGAUGAUGAUCACAUAAUAACUACGUUAAAUUGGGCACGAAACAGGAUAACGACACUCAACGAUCUUGUCAAAGAAGACUUAGCAUUUUUAUGGAUUAUUCCAUCUUCUAUGCCAAAUGUUAAACAAACUGGAUACUCAGAUGCGAUUAAGUUAUUGAAUGCGGAAUUAGUUGAAAUAGAUGCUAGCAAUUACAAUACUAAUUGGAUGACAUCAUAUUUGAAGGAUUUUGCAAAGAAGAAUGAAGUACCAUUUGCUAUUUUGAUGAAAACUCUGAGAAGUGUUAUGAGUGGCGUAAAGGUUGGACCACCUGUUGCUGAAAUGAUGGAAAUUUUGGGAAAAGACAGAACAUUACUACGAUUACAACGUUGUGUUUCUUGAAAAAUUUAUAUGCCUUGUUUAAUCGUAAACUGAUGUUAUUGUCAAAGGUAAAAUGCAUUUUACCAAAAAUAAAUUUAGUUUAAAUAUGUUUCUGUAGAAAAGAUAUUAGAAGAGAAUAAUGAUCAAUAUUAAAAUAUUUUCCACAAAUAUUUGCAUUCCACUGCUGGAAAAUAUAUAAAAAUAAUUUAUAU